CAGUGAAAGAGAAAACAGCCAGAUACAAACGUUGAUAAAAAGUGAAAAUUCACGGACAUGGGAUCGGAGCAGUCGACCGCGGGCCAAGGAGUCGCUGCCACUCCGGCCAGGCGGCCUCCGAGUGAAGCUCGACUGUAUCGUGGGAACACAAUCGCUGUGCCUGACAGUGCUUUGAGGAAUUCUAGUCAGAUUGUGGCGGAAGAGGCAGUGGCAGCUCACACAGACUCUCGCCCAUGCUCGCCACCGAUCAGCGUCUGCUCCGACUCAGAUCUGCCCUACAUUUCCUACACGGAUCGCCCAAUUGGCGACUCGCCGAAGAUCAGGAGCAAAGGCCCUCAAGCGAGACUGACGCGCGCCAACACCAGUGCCACGACCAAGAAAGCCUCCUUGCCCAGGGGAAAGAUCCGCCCGGGCUCCACAGCGCACAAUAUUGUGGUGGUGAAGGCGGCCACGAAGGAGGGUGGCAUCGAGAAGGAUCCCGACAUUCUGAGACUCCAAAGCAUUCCUAUGUUCUUGCCUGUGAUGCGUGGCACGCUGUCGUUGCCAGCCAAUCGUGAUCCGGAAGUGAUGGAGCGACUGCAGCCUGUUCAUCUCAACAACAUGUGUCGUCGUGUUCAGGCGCACUACAGUGUGAUGGCCAAUCGAGUGGCGGCCGAUCAGGCUCAGCUCACGGCGAAGGUGAAAGAGAUUGAUGGUGAGAUUGGCAGAAUGCACGGCGUCAUGUGCGAGAGACAAAAGACAUUUUCCACAUAUGCUGAGCACUUUGCGAAGCUUCACAGUGUUUCGCAACAGCUGAGCAGAUGCAAUGCGAUUCUCAAUGAGACCAUCGCCAGUGCGGAGGUGCUCAAUAAUUUUCUGGAAAUCGAGGACAGACUAGAACCAUUUGUGUGGACGACGCAUUAAAUAAAGGAGAAGAAGAAAAAGGAGUUGUAAAUGAGGGAGAGAAAAAAAGUGCAUUGGUGGAAUUUUUUUCCAAAUUUCCUUAUUGAUCCAUUGAUCUCCUUUUUGGCUUUUGCGCUCGUCUACAAAGUGAUAAAAAGAGGCGAAGAUUAAUUUAUUUUAUGUAAUUCAUUAGGCUAGGUGAUGACGUGUAUUUAUUUUCCAUUUGGAAAACAGACAGGCUUUUAGCGGAUUAAUUGCUGACAAAUUACAAAAUUACUGAAUUAGUAGAGUAUAAAGUCACACAAGUGCGCGCGGUGCAAUAAAAAGAAAUGAGAUUAUAUUGGAUAUCAUGCGCACGGAAAUACGAUAAUGCAGUGAUUUCUUAUGCUGCCUCACAGAGUAAUGUUAAUGGCGUGCACUUUUCCUUCAUCCUUCUCUCCUACUUGUCAUUAGUCUAAAGUCUCUCCUCUCAAACAGUGUGUCGAUAUAUAUAUAUAGAGGAGAAAAAAACCAGUUGUCACAUAUCUAAUUAUAUGACAAAUAUGUACACUUUCUACAUAAAAGCAUGUCAAAAAAUUAUUGCAACAUUCAACAUCUUCAUUAAAUGGUGCGUAUAUUGGGUUUGUGAAUUAAUACC